AUGUGCGGCCUAGCCAGGUCCAUCGAUCGCAACAGCUGCACGCUCCUUGAGGUGCUGCUCUUCCUCAACAACAGCCUCAGCGGGUGCCUCCCCUACGAGCUAGGCCUGCUCGAGAAGGCCACGGUCAUCGACGCCGGCACCAACCGCCUCACGGGCACCAUCCCGGCGUCGUUCGCGUGCCUGCGCAAGGUGGAGCAGCUCAACCUGGCGGACAACCUCCUCUACGGCGAGGUACCCGACGCGUUCUGCCGGCUCGCGUUCGGCCGCCUCAAGAACCUCACGCUCUCCGGCAACUACUUCACGUCGCUCGGGUCCUGCUGCUGGGACCUGAUCAAGGAGGGCAGGCUCAACGUCGACCGCAACUGCAUCCAGUGGGCGCCCAACCAGCGCUCGCACGAGCCACGAGGAGCGCGCCAAGUUCCUCCGCCAGCCAGGUCGUGCCCCGUCAGCGACUACGUGCCGUGCCGCCCCAAAUACCGCGGCUCCGGCGAGCCGGCCGCUGGCGAGGCCGCGGAGGAGGAGGAUGCGGCGGUGGAGUACAGGUACCGGACGUACUCGGCGCUGCAUCCUUGA